AUGAAUCAACAAGUAAAUCAACAAGUGCUUAACAAGCAGGAUGGUGGCUGGACCCUAGUAGUAAAGCAGAGAGGAAGACAUUCAAAUCAAGUUGGGCUGAAGGAAGGUAGGCGAGUAGGGAUGUACACUCUUUUUGUGGAUAACCUACCAGAGUCAAUGGAUCCAAGGAGUAUGUACUCUUUGUUCCUAAAAUUUGGCGUAGUUAAGGAUGUUUUCAAUCCACACAAGAGGAGGAAAACAACAAACACAAGAUUUGGCUUUGUUCGCUUUAACUGUCCUGUUGCAGCCAGUGUAGCAGAACAAAAGGCCAACGGAAUAUGGGUAGAUGACAAAGCCUUGAUAGUCCAUAGUGCAGUAUAUGGAAAAGAAAAAGGAGACCAGAUGAGGUGGAAACAAGUACAGAGGAGGCAACUGGAGUUAAGAAGACCAGCAGAUAAAACUGGACCCACAAGGUGGAAUCAAGGCAUUGAUGGCAGGUCGUAUGUAGAGGUCAUCAAAGGAGCCUAA